CUGCCGCCGGGCAGGGCCAUCAUGGGCGAGCUCUCGGGGGAGCGAUGCGGGAAUUAGGGCAAUAAUCUGUUGCUGUUGAUCCCAGAGGCCAGAACUGGCAGCGCCGUGCCAGCCCCCGGGCGCAGAAGGAGGGUAGUGCCAGGCCGGCGUACGCGUGAGCGGAGCUCUCGGCUGGAAUGCACCAGCUCAGCAAGGGAUUGUCCUCUCUGGGCUGGGCAGGCACCGUGCCCUGAGCCUGGUGCCCGUGACGGCUGCCCAGGCCAUGGCGGCGGCAGACAGCCCCUCCGCCGGCCUCCGGCGCCGCGACCUCUGCAGCAGAGGCAUCCGCCUGGCCGGGAAGAUGCGCUCGGAUGUCAUGGACCUCCUGGACACUUACGUGGAGUGGCAGGGCCUGGACGCCUCGGCCAGCGUGGCGGCGGUGGAGGGCGUGCCGGCGGCGGCGGUGGAGCGCUGGGAUGAGCAGACGGGGACCCAGCGGCUGCUGGAGAACCUGGCAGCGUACAGAGCCUUCCGGGCACUGCUGGCACAGAUGCUGGAGGAGCAGCAGGAGCAGCUGGGUGAGGCUGACACUGCCCUGGGCCGGGCGCUGGCGGCCGUCCUGCUCCAGGUCUCAGCCUUCACCUACCACCUCGAGGAGCUGCUGCAGCUGGAGAGCCGUGGGACCCCCAGCGAGGAGGUGGCUGUGCCGGCGCCCCCCUCCCAGCUGGGGCUGUUCGAGAGGAAGCUGCGGGGCCUGGGGGUGCUGCGGGAGCUGGCACAGUGGGCGGUCAGGUCCGCGCGGGACCUGCGGCAGCUUGCCAAGCCCAGCCCGGGCAGCAGCUCGGUGCCCAGCCCCGAUGAGAGCCCUUGAAGCUGGGUAUGUGUUGGGAGGGCUUGGGUCCUGCUGGGGCAUAGCAGGGGGCUCCUUGCAGCCUUUGCAGAGGGCUGCUGACAGCACAGAGCUGUUCAGGAUGGGGUGCAGGUGGGAGGGACCAAGUCUCUAACCCCUGGGCCUCCCUCAUGCUUUUGGUACCACUCCCUGGGGGGAAACUGAGGCAUGGGCCUCAGUCUCUGGAGACUUUCAAGCCCCAUCUGGAUGUGUUUCUGUGUGUCCUGUGCUAGAUUCUAUGGUCCUGCUCUGGCAGGGGGGGUUGGACUUGAUCUUCAAAGGUCCCUUCCAACCCCUAACAUCCUAUGAUGCAUUCUGCCCUGGAGCAAGCUGGGGUACCCAGGUGGGGUGAGCCUCAGGGGUGGCUCUGACUCUGCCUGCUGCAGGGUCAGAAUUAUCCCCUGGGAAGCAGCUUUGGUCUUUACCCCAGGGCGAAGAGGCUGCGGUCCUCAGUGGGCUUCCUUUGAAAUCCAGUUGCUGCCUGGGCUGCUGUGGCCAGAUGCUGCCUCUGGCAGAGAGAAGCUGCCUUGGGGCUCUUGCAGAGGCAAGGCAGGAGCAAAAGGACAGAAGAAUUUUGCCUAGUGGAAGAAAGCUGGGGACCUGCCCCCCAGGUGUGAGAUGCAAGACUUGGCCAUGUUCACAGGGACUCCUUUCUCCUUCCUGGCUCACAUUUUCUGCACGUUGAA